AUGGCCGGCGGCAAACGCGCCGCCGCCGCGGCCACCAAGAAAAAGAAGUCGUCCAAGAAGAAAGCGAAGCAGGAGGCGAACGCCGCCGGCGUCGGGGACAAGUCCGUCGAAGCCGCGGGCCGGCUGUUAUCCUACGACCCCGCGAAGCCGGUGACGUGGAAAUCCGGCGAACCCGUGCCGUACCUGUUCCUCGCGGAGAUUUUCGAAUCCAUCUCCGAGACGACGAAACGCCUCGAGAUCGCGGAGCUCCUGACGAACGCGUUCCGGACGAUCCUCGCCGCGGGGACGCCGGAGGAUUUACUCGCCGCGGUGUACCUCGCGUCCAACACGAUCGCGCCGCAGCACGAGGGCGUCGACUUGGGCAUCGGAGACGCGACGCUCAUCAAGAUGCUCGCCGAGGCGACGGGACGGAAAGAGAGCGCCAUCAAGAGCGACUACACGAAAGAGGGCGACCUCGGGAUCGUCGCGAUGAUGUCCAGGAGCACGCAGAGCAUGAUGUUCGCGCCGCCGAAGUUGACGAUCGUGGGCGUGUUGAAAGAGUUCCGCGCGAUCGCGAAGACGGAGGGCACGAAGAGCGUGGAUCAGAAGAAGGGAAAGAUCAAAAAGCUCCUCGUCGCCGCGCGCGAGUGCGAAGCCGGAUACGUCACGCGCUCGCUGCAGGGGAAGCUCCGCAUCGGGCUCGCGCAGCAGACGGUGACGACCGCGCUCGCGCACGCGGUCGUGCUUCACGCGGAGACGAAGGACGGGAAGUGCGCCGACGGAAAGACGCACGCGGAGCUCGCGGACCGCCUCGGCGCCGCCGUCGACGUCUUGAAGCAAGUCUUCAGCGAGUGCCCGUCCUUCGACGAGAUCGUGCCAGCGUUGCUCAUGGACGGCGGGAUCGAUAAGCUCGCGGAGCGGUGCCACUUUCGACCGGGGGUGCCGGUGAAGCCGAUGCUCGCGAAGCCGACGUGUGGGGUCUCCGAGGUGCUUCAACGUUUCAGCGACGUCGAGUUCACGUGCGAGUAUAAGUACGACGGCGAACGCGCGCAGAUUCACCUUUGCGAAGACGGCGCGGUGAAAAUUUUCUCGCGGAACCAGGAGGACAACACCCCGAAGUUCCCGGACGUGAUUCGUGCGCUGCCGACGUACUUACAAGAGGGCGUGAAGUCCGUCGUCAUCGACUGCGAGGCUGUCGCGUUCGACCGCGCGGAGGGGAAGAUUCUGCCGUUUCAGAUUCUCUCCACGCGCGGGCGGAAAAACAUCGACGAAAAGGAUAUCAAAGUCAACGUCGCGUUGUACGCGUUCGAUUGUCUGUACCUCAACGGCGAGAACUUGCUUCAGAAGCCGAUGAUGGAGCGACGGAAGGCGCUGUACAGCGCGUUCAAGGAAGUCCCGGGGGAGUUCUUCUUCGCGACCGCGAAAGUUUCGAGGGACGUCGAGGAGCUGCAGGUGUUCUUAGAGGACUCCAUCAAGGAAAACACCGAAGGUCUCAUCGUCAAGACGCUAGACGCGACGUACGAGCCGUCGAAACGAUCGCUGAACUGGCUGAAACUGAAGAAGGACUACAUGGAAGGCUGCGGGGACUCGUUAGACCUCGUCCCGAUCGGCGCGUUCCACGGCCGCGGGAAACGAACCGGCGUGUACGGCGCAUACCUCCUCGCGUGCUACGACGAAGAGAGCGAGGAGCUGCAGUCGAUUUGCAAAAUCGGCACGGGGUUCAGCGACGAGGCGCUCGAGUCGUUGUCCAACUCGCUGAAGGACACGGUCAUCGACGCGCCGCGGGGGUAUUACAAGUACGGCGAGUCCGUCGCCCCGGACGUGUGGUUCGCCGCGUCGCAGGUGUGGGAGGUGAAAGCCGCGGAUUUGUCGAUAUCGCCGACGCACAUGGCCGCGCACGGAUUGGUCGACUCGACGAAGGGCAUCGCGUUACGGUUUCCGCGGUUUUUACGCGUCAGGGAGGACAAGACCCCGGAGACGGCGACGAGCGCGGAGCAGGUGGCGGACUUUUACAACGCGCAGGCGACGAAGCAGGAGUUCAACAACGGCGGGGACGACGACGAGUUUUAA